AUGGUGUCAGACUUCUUCUAUCCAAAUAUGGGUGGAGUAGAAAGUCAUUUAUACGAGUUAUCGCAACGUUUGAUACAAAGAGGCCAUAAAGUCGUUAUUAUCACCCAUGCUUAUGGUCGCAGAACAGGCGUUCGUUAUUUAACAAACGGUCUGAAAGUUUAUUAUGUCCCAACUCAAGUCAUUUAUGCAGAAGCCACUCUACCUACUAUUUACGGCUUCUUUCCUCUAUUUCGACAUAUUGUCAUCCGAGAAAGUAUUCAAAUUGUGCAUGGUCAUGGCGCUUUUUCCUCGCUAUGUCAUGAAGCUAUUUUACAUAGUAAAACCAUGGGAUUAAAGGCCGUAUUUACAGAUCACUCGUUGUUUGGAUUCGCCGACGCAUCUUCUAUUUUGACCAAUAAGUUAUUGAAAUUUACGCUAAGUGAUAUAGAUCAUGUUAUCUGCGUCUCUCAUACAAGUAAAGAAAAUACAGUACUAAGAGCAGCUUUAUCACCAAGACAUGUGUCUGUUAUACCUAAUGCUGUUGUAGCCUCUCAGUUCUUACCGGAUCCUACUCGACCAGAUCCAAACUAUAUUACCAUCGUGGUCAUCAGUAGACUUGUUUAUCGUAAAGGCGUAGAUUUGUUGAUCGCCAUUAUACCGCGUAUUUGCGAAAUGUAUAAACAGGUGCGAUUUAUCAUUGGCGGUGAUGGACCCAAGCGGAUCGACCUGGAGCAGAUGAGAGAAAAACAUUUAUUACAUGAACGAGUAAAAUUGUUGGGACCUAUAAAACAUCAUGAAGUGCGAAAUGUAUUGAUUCAAGGAAACAUCUUUUUGAAUACGAGCUUGACAGAAGCGUUCUGUAUUGCGAUAGUGGAAGCGGCAUGCGCAGGAUUAUUUGUUGUGAGUACAAAAGUAGGCGGUGUGCCCGAAGUCUUACCCAGUCAUAUGAUAAAUUAUGCAAGCCCUGAGGAGGAUGAUUUAGUGAUAGCUGUUUCGAAAGCAAUCCACAAAUUACGAUUUGGAAAGGUUGACCCAAGCAAAUUCAACGACGAGUUGAAAGAGAUGUACAACUGGUCUAAUGUAGCAGAACGUACAGAAAAAGUCUACGCCUCAGUUUACCAAACCAGAAAUUCACCAUUGAUUGAACGGCUAAGACGCUAUUACGGCUGUGGUUUGUAUGCCGGGAAAAUAUUUUGUAUGCUGAUGGCCCUGGAUUACUUGAUAUGGAAGUACCUGGAAUGGGUCUUUCCUACAGAUGCAAUAGAGGUAGCAGAUACAUUCCCUUACCAAAGAUAUAGGCAUGUUGAUAUAGAUUCUUUAAGCAGCAGUAGCAAUCGAAACAGUACUUAUAAAGAGUAUCAAGUAGAGGAUGCUUGCGUAAACAACUGUGCUAAUACGCACUUAAACAAUUCAUCGCCUACUUCAGCUAUUUAUAUGUUGGAUGAUGAUAGCAAUAAAGUGUUGAGCGAUGCUAUUAUAGUAGAAGAAGAAGAAGAAGAAUAA